AUGCCAAUUACAUCUAGCUCCAACAGGUCGCCAUGGCUCGGUCGGCUCAAUCUCUGUAUUCUCGUCGUUGUUGCACUAGCACUCUAUCGUCGAUUCUCUAACACCCAGCCUCUACUAAAUCUCGCACCUGUGACGUCGGCACGUUUCCCAUGCGACCCUCUUUUCGACCCUGUCAGACGUGUUGCUAUCAUAGGCGCUGGAUCUGCCGGCUCAUCAGCUGCCUACUACAUACACCACUACACUCAAGGCUGCGGUCGAAUAGAUAUCACGGUGUAUGAGCGCAAUAAUUACGUGGGUGGACGCAGCACCACGGUGCAGACUUACGACGAUGACGAACGAGGCGAGCCUGUGGAGCUUGGAGCUAGCAUUUUCGUGGAGGUAAAUCAGAAUCUCAUGCAUGCGGUGAAGAAACAGGCGUUAUCUACACAAGGCUUUCAAUCGAAAGAGAAGGGCUAUGGAGACGAUGGAGAUGAAAAGGAGCUAGAAGAUUCUAUUGGGGUGUUCGACGGACAACAGAUGGUGUAUAUGUCCCCGCGCGAUCCUACGGGCGGUUGGUGGAUGCUUGCAAGGCUGCUUUGGCGAUACGGCCUGGCACCAAUUAAAACGAGAGGUCUCAUGAAAGAGACCGUGGGAAAAUUCUUGAAGAUGUACGAAGCUCCUGUCUUUCCUUUUGGGGACCUUACAGGUGCGGUACAACAGGUGGGACUGGAAGACGUGGUCGCGCAAGCGGGUCUAGGAUACCUCAGAGCGGGUGGAGUUGGUGACGACUUUGCCAGAGACAUUAUACAAGCUAGUACUCGCGUCAACUAUGCGCAGAAUUUGGAGAACAUACACGGUCUGGAGACGAUGGUCUGCAUGGCCACCGAUGGCGCCAUGUCCGUUGUGGGAGGCAAUUGGCAAAUCUUCGAUGGCAUGCUACGGUACGGUCAGCCUAAUCUACUGCUAAAUACCAGCGUGGAUGGUAUCACCCGAAAUGAUGACGGCACUUUCACACUAUCAGCCACUCAGCAGGGAGAUGCAGCUGCUACCUUAGAACCAGCAACAUACGACACCAUCAUCCUCGCUGCACCUUAUCAAUUCGCUAAUCUCACUCUGACUCCUCAACCCGCCCUACCGAUUCCUUCAAUACCAUACGUACGACUUCAUGUCACCCUAUUCACAUCUCCAUUCGCACUAGAUCCUGAAACGUUCCACCUUUCUCCAGGCAACGCCGUACCCCGCUCAGUCCUGACAACUACACCCGCACCAAUUCAUGAUGCGCCACCUGGCGAAGGGCCAUGGUUCUAUAGCGUCAGCACUCUACGAAUAGUCCGCCAUCAUAUCACCCGAAAGCACGAGUAUCUGUACAAGAUCUUCUCUCCAGCUCCUGUCGAGCCAUCGCAGUUUUUCGAGAUCUUAGACUGGAAACCAGACGAUUAUGGAGAGGUUCCAGAGCUGGUCUCGUGGAAGUACGAAAAGGUUUGGGAUAGCUAUCCUGUGGAGCAUCCCAGGGUUAGCUUUGAUCAGAUAAAAGUGCCGUUGGAGGGCGAUGAUGACGAAGCGUAUAUCUGGUACACGAGUGGCAUCGAGCCAUUCAUAAGUACCAUGGAGACGAGCAGUCUAAUGGGUGCGAAUGUUGCCAGGCUUGUAGUUGAUGAGUGGCUGGAGGAUUUAGCAUCGAGGUCUGGCCCGAAACCAGUGGAGAGCGAGGACGUGGCGAGCGAGCUUUGA